AUGAAGAAGAAGAAACAAGUGAAGGUCUGGAUAUCUCGGGAAGAAGAAGAAGAAGAAGAAGAAGAAGAAGAAGAAGAAGAAGAAGAAGAAGAAGAAGAAGAAGAAGAAGAAGAAGAAGAAGAAGAAGAAGAAGAAGAAGAAGAAGAAGAAGAAGAAGAAGAAGAAGAAGAAGAAGAAGAAGAAGAAGAAGAAGAAGAAGAAGAAGAAGAAGAAGAAGAAGAAGAAGAAGAAGAAGAAGAAGAAGAAGAAGAAGAAGAAGAAGAAGAAGAAGAAGAAGAAGAAGAAGAAGAAGAGAGAAGGGGAAGGGAAGAAGAGAGAGAGAAGAAAGGAGAUGAGAGAGAGAAGAAGGGAGGGAGGGAAGAGAAGAAAAGAGAGAGAGGAAAGGAGAUGCGAGAGAGGCAGGAAAUAAAAGGAGAGAAAGGAAAGGAGAUGGGAGAGAGGGAAGAGGAGAGGAGAGAGAAGGAGGGAGAAGAAGAAGAAGAAGAAGAAGAAGAAGAAGAAGAAGAAGAAGAAGAAGAAGAAGAAGAAGAAGAAGAAGAAGAAGAAGAAGAAGAAGAAGAAGAAGAAGAAGAAGAAGAAGAAGAAGAAGAAGAAGAAGAAGAAGAAGAAGAAGAAGAAGAAGAAGAAGAAGAAGAAGAAGAAGAAGAAGAAGAAGAAGAAGAAGAAGAAGAAGAAGAAGAAGAAGAAGAAGAAGAAGAAGAAGAAGAAGAAGAAGAAGAAGAAGAAGAAGAAGAAGAAGAAGAAGAAGAAGAAGAAGAAGAAGAAGAAGAAGAAGAAGAAGAAGAAGAAGAAGAAGAAGAAGAAGAAGAAGAAGAAGAAGAAGAAGAAGAAGAAGAAGAAGAAGAAGAAGAAGAAGAAGAAGAAGAAGAAGAAGAAGAAGAAGAAGAAGAAGAAGAAGAAGAAGAAGAAGAAGAAGAAGAAGAAGAAGAAGAAGAAGAAGAAGAAGAAGAAGAAGAAGAAGAAGAAGAAGAAGAAGAAGAAGAAGAAGAAGAAGAAGAAGAAGAAGAAGAAGAAGAAGAAGAAGAAGAAGAAGAAGAAGAAGAAGAAGAAGAAGAAGAAGAAGAAGAAGAAGAAGAAGAAGAAGAAGAAGAAGAAGAGGAGGGAGAAGAAGAAGAAGAAGAGAGAAGGGGAAGGGAAGAAGAGAGAGAGAAG